AUGGAAGGAAUCGUUUGUACGUUUCCUCGGGGGUCUCAAGGGUGUGCCCAAUUUAAACGAAGAGAAGGACAAAACGAAACGGACAAUUCAUCGAACGUAUCAGAUAACGGAAAAGAUAAUCUGGCUAAUCUUUCCCAUCACAUAACUCCGACGAAAACUCGCGGGAAAAGACGAGUCAACUCACUAAUGUCCCACAGGUAUCAACAGCGUCAAACGGGAGAACUCAACGGCGAGUCAAAACACGUCGAUAAUAAAAUAAACGACGUUAAAGAAAUAGAUAUAAAAAAGGAAAAUGUUAAAACGGAAAGGCUGAGCCCGAUGUCUAUGACGACGACGACGACUACGACCACGACAACGAGUGCGAUAUCGUCAAUGACGACGAGCACGACGAGCACGUCCGUCGCGAACAAUGCAAAUGCUGCAGCAGCAGCAGCUGCUGCUGUCGCUCACGGUGAUAAUAAUUCGAACAGUUCGAGAAGCGGAACGCCAAGCAGCUCCUAUCCAGGUACGCCGCCAGGUUGCAUUGCUGAUUCUCGGGAGCACGGAUCCAGUCCUUUGAAUACGUCUUCGUCUCACGGUCAAAGUGGUUCUCAUCUCAAGCAAAUGGAACAAAUGAUGAUGUCGAGAAACUACAGCGAUUUCAUGAGGAGUUUGGCUGCCAAAUAUAACAACGCUAAUCCAAACGACUACUUCAGCUCGGUGAGAAAUGGAUUUCCUCCGUCGCUCGAUCCACGUUUUAGUUCUUUUAAAUCCGGAGCGGCAUCAUCGGCAUUUGUCGGAUUGAUGGGUCCUCUCACCGCCGCAGGUUCAUCUCCGUCCAACCAACAAACGAUAUCGGGUUCGUCGUUGCCGAGCGAACAACAAACGAGGCAUUCUUCGGCGAAGUCUCAAUCGGAUGUCUUCGGUCCAAAUUUCGGAGUUCCGUCAUUGAACGGACUCAAUCCGUUCGGGGGUGGAAAUAUAAAUUCGCUUUUUCCACCAAUGAUAGACAUGAGUUCGACUCAAGCUCUUUUAAGCAUGGUUCGAACGGCGAGUGCUCAAAAUCAAGCUCAAUUAGAAAAUUUAUCAUCCGCGUCGACUCCGGUUAGUAAAAAAAUUAAAAAAGAAAUAACGAAAGACGGUUUGUACGAGAACAUAUUGAAUUUACCACUCUUAGACGCGUUGAGGACUAAAGACCUAUCGAAAAUUAGUACAAAAAAUAGAAGCAUAAGUCCAAAUUUAGUUCAAAAAAAAAAUUUGCAAAACUCUUUAAAUAAUUUACAAAACACCAUUUCGUCAUUGAACGUGCGAACGUCUCCGAAUAGAGCGAACGCGUCUCCGAGGUGUUCAUCUUUGUGCGGUGCCGAUGGGAAAGCGUGCUCGGAUUCGGAAGGUCAAUCAAUUGCUCACUGGACGGUCGAAGAUGUUUGUUCGUUUGUUAGCAGCAUCGACAUAUGUGCCGAAUAUGAAAAAAGCCGCGCCCUUUUAUCACCUUCACCUUUAGCCACCGAUUUCUAA